AUGAGCUUUCGUAGUCACGAAACGAGCGAAAAUAUCGAAAACCCGCUCGUAGAGCCGAGCGAAGCUAUACUACAUAAUGCAAAACAAGAUGCCUGCGAACAGGCAACUACAGAACAGGCAACUACAGCACAGGAAACCCGAGAGCGUAAAAUGACAGAGAAAGGUAGAGAAUAUGUCUGUUCGUUGAAAAGAAAAGCAGCCCUCGAUAUCAAGGAAGAGUUUUUGAAAGAACUGUUUAAUUUUGAGAAAAAGAUUGCAGAUUUCAAUGGUGUUGUUGAACUUAAUAAACAAAUAACAUUGUUAUCAGGGAAAAUGAAUUUUGUUAGCAAGGCCCUUCAUGAAUGGUUGAAAUUAUCCUUAGAUGAGAAUGAAAUUCGCGAAGUCAUAGGAAUGCCUACAUUUUUGUCUGAUAAAUUGUUGAGCACCCAGAGCUGGGCUCAAGAAUAUGCAGUGAAGUUUAGUCAGCAAAAGCAAGAAACAAUUUCUACAACAUCCCGAUGA